AUGUCUCUUUUUCAGACUAUCACGACCCCUGUGGUCACAUACGAACAACCUUUGGGAUUGUUUAUCAACAACGAGUUUAUCAAGGGAGCGGAAGGCAAGACCUUCGAGACGAUCAACCCUCAUGAUGAAAAGGCCAUUGUGGCCGUGCAUGAAGGCACAGAAAUCGACGUUGAUAUCGCUGUUCAAGCUGCCCGCAACGCUCUAGAAGGCGAGUGGAAGCAGGUCACACCUUCUGAGCGCGGUCGCCUCCUCACUCGCCUCGCUGAUUUCCUAGAGCGUGAUGCCGAUACGGUGGCUGCCAUUGAAGCACUGGACAAUGGGAAAGGCGUGACAAUGGCCAAAGGCGAUGUGGCUGCUUCGGCCGGCUGUCUGCGCUACUACGGCGGGUGGGCCGAUAAGAUCUACGGCCAGACCAUCGACACCGACAGUGGCAGCUUGACCUACACACGCCACGAGCCGGUUGGAGUCUGUGGCCAGAUCAUCCCAUGGAACUUUCCUCUCCUGAUGUUUGCCUGGAAGAUUGGUCCUGCACUGGCGACGGGGAAUACGAUCGUUAUCAAAACUGCAGAACAAACGCCGUUAUCGGGACUGUAUGUAGCUAAAUUGAUCAAGGAAGCCGGCUUCCCUCCGGGAGUGGUCAAUGUUAUCUCGGGAUUUGGAAGAACAGCAGGCGCAGCCAUUGCAUCUCACAUGGAUAUUGACAAGGUUGCCUUUACCGGGUCCACUUUGGUUGGGCGUGGCAUCCUCCAGGCCGCCGCGAAGAGCAACCUGAAGAAGGUGACGCUAGAACUGGGCGGAAAGUCGCCGAACAUCAUUCUGCCCGACGCAAACCUCGAGGAAGCCAUUGGAUGGGUGAAUCUGGGCAUCUUUUUCAACCACGGGCAGUGCUGCUGUGCGGGCUCUCGAAUCCUGGUCCACGAGGACAUAUAUGAUCAGUUUCUGGAGCUGUUCAAGAAACGAGCCGAAGAGAACAAGGUGGGCAACCCUUUUGAUGCGGACACCUUUCAAGGCCCCCAGGUAUCCCAGCUGCAAUAUGACCGGAUUAUGAGCUAUAUUGCAGAUGGGAAACAGGCAGGGGCCAAGGUCAUCACCGGUGGAGAGCGGAAAGGAAAUGAAGGAUAUUACAUCCAGCCCACCAUCUUUGCAGAUGUUUCUGAGGACAUGACAAUUGUGAGAGAGGAGAUCUUCGGGCCAGUAUGCACGGUGCAGAAGAUUCGCAGUGAAGAGGAGGCCAUUCGAGUGGCCAAUAGGACCAACUAUGGCCUGGCAGCGGCUGUGCAUACCACAAAUAUCAACAGCGCCAUCCGAGUGUCGAAUGCGAUCAAGGCAGGGACGGUGUGGGUCAACAACUACAACACUCUCCAUUAUCAAAUGCCGUUUGGGGGCUUCAAAGAAUCCGGAAUGGGCCGAGAGCUGGGAUCAUACGCUCUCGACAACUACACCGAAGUGAAAACGGUCCGUGUGCAUCUCUCGUAA